UUCUGUAAAGUUCGGGACAUUAAACAAUUUGGUUCACUACCUCCAGCGAAUCGGGCAUUCUUCCGUUUCCCGAUGGGCGGCGCCUCUCCUCGCCUCCUUCUCUUCCUCCUACUCCACGUCAACCUCCUAACUGCCCGUCUCCACAGAGCAAAGCUCACCCCCGCGGACGAGGAGCAGCCCUCCCUAGCGGCGACGCCGCCCCGCGAUCUCCCUCCCUUCUCACCCACAACCUUCUUCGAGGUCACCAAGCCCGCCCCCCUCCCUCCCGCCUCCGCCCCCGCCUGCUCCGCCCUCCUCCUCCAGCACGACUUCGGGUACACCUACGGCCGGCCUCCCGUCACCGCCGCCUACCGCCCUUCCUGCGCCCGCCUCCGCGGCGGCCGCGCCCCUUCCCACGUCGUCCUCCAGUGGUCCGCCUCCUCGCAGGGCCGUCAGUUCGACCGCAUAUUCGGCGUCUGGCUCGGCGGCGUCGAGCUCCUCCGAAGUUGUACCGCUGAGCCCCGCCCCAAUGGUAUUGUCUGGACCGUCCGCAAGGAUGUCACCCGCUACGCCGCACUCUUUGUCCGGCCCCAAACCCUCGCGGUCUACCUCGGCAAUCUCGUCGACAACACCUACACCGGCGUCUACCACGUCAAUGUCUCCCUCCAUUUCUACUUCGAUUCCUCGCACGGGCGCCGCCGCGCUGCUGACUACCAUGCUCCCGGGUUCUCCACCCCGGCGGAUCUGGUUCUCCCUCUCUCCCGGAGCCUCCCGCUGAACGAUGGCUUGUGGUUCUUGAUCCAGAACUCAACGGAUGUUCAAUCGACAAAGCUCGCCAUCCCGGUGAACACCUACCGAGCAGUUCUCGAGGUGUAUGUGUCCUUCCACUCGGCAGAUGAGUUCUGGUACACCAAUCCCCCCAAUGUCUACCUAUCCGAGAACAACAUCACCUAUCUCCCAGGAAAUGGGGCAUUCAGGGAAGUCAUAGCCAGUCUAGACGGCGAAGUCCUCGGCGCCAUCUGGCCGUUCACUGUGAUCUACACCGGCGGAGUCAACCCCCUACUGUGGAGGCCCAUUUCCGGCAUAGGAUCGUUUGAUCUCCCCUCUUAUGACAUCGAGAUCACCCCCUUCUUGGGGAAGGUUUUGGACGGGAAGCUUCAUGAAUAUGGUUUCAGAGUCACUGAUGCUUUGAAUGUGUGGUUCAUCGAUGCCAAUUUGCAUCUCUGGUUGGACAGGCAGAGCUCAUAUACUUCAGGAAACUUGAUCGCGUAUGAAGCACCAAGCUAUGCACCAUCACUUUAUUCCCAGUUUGAGGGUCUUGAUGGGGAGUUUAAGACGAUCGCAAGCAGGUACAUUUCCUCAACCGGAUGGGUGAAUUCUUCUUACGGGGAAAUCACCACCCAUUUCUUCCAAAAACUUGAAUUUGGUAAUUUGAUGGUGUUCUCUGGGAAUGGAAGCAACCAAAUGAUCAAUCAGACUAUAGAAUUUGAAUAUGGUAUUAACACCAAGCAUCCAUCUUCUGUCUUGUACUCUGAACACGUUCUUCGAAGCUUUCCGCUGUAUCUGUACACAGGGACUACCGACCAAGUGAAUGAUACUUACACUGAGGUUGCAAAUUUAUCUAUAGGGUUUGAUGAGAACAGAUUCUCAGGGCAGAAAUUUGGGUUUGCAUACAGCUCCUUAAAGAAUUUGCAGACUGCCAGCGGUUACAUGAAGGUGAAGGGAAACUUGGUGCAGAGUGGUCUGGGCCGCACUCAGCAAGUGUACACGUAUGAGAGCACGGACGGUUGCUACUUUAGGAACGUGAGCAGCAGUAAUUACACAAUUCUGUAUGACAAUUCAAAUGAUUCUUGCACGAAGAGCUUACCAUUAGGCAAGCAGUUCGGCACCGGAUAAAAAUCCUGUUUCCAUCUGAGAGUUUCUGGCAUUUGAAUUGUGUAUCACGGAGGAUCGUGAUUAAAAUGUUAAAUCAUGUUUAUUCGUUCACUACUAAAUAAAAGAACUUCCAACUCUGUGCAGCCACCUCUUUGAACAAUCAUCUAAGUUAG